AUGUCGUUGCUCGCGCUGCCACAGACGGAUUCGAGCGAAGAGGCCCGAACGUUGCCGCGAGGACCGAAUCGGUCGGAUGCGUUUGCGAAUACAGCAGAGUCGUAUUUCAAAACGCUCAAUACGAUCCAGACCGGGAUCCGAACGAGCAUUGCGCGAGUGAGAGCAGCCAGAAUAUCACCAAAUGCGCUCAGAGCACCAGAGGGCCGGCUAGGCAACUCGCGAUCGCUGGGGGCGAGCAUCCCUCGGGAGACGGCUGGAGAGGCAGGGGAUAGCAGCGCAAGGAGCGCAAGGAGCGAGUUGGGCUUCCAGGAGCUCAAGGUCGAAGCUGCAGCGUGGAUGGGCCUUGCAGAUGCACUGGAAGAGGUCGUGAGGGCGAGCCGGGCGGCUGCUCCAGAAGACCAACUAUCGAUCGGCUAA